CAUUUUCUGCUUUUCGUUUUUGCUUCUCUCCACAAAGUCCAACCUACAAUUUCUUUUGUUCCUUAAAAACUCUCCUCCAAUAUCAUUUCCUCAAGUUUUUGUCUUUUACCUCUCUAUUCUCCUUCUCCAGCUGCAGGCCACAACCCACAACCCUUUCUGGAGCAAACUCCCAACUUGAAUGGUGGAAGGAUGAUGCAUGUGGGAGGAGGAGGGGGAGGAGGCUCCUUCACUCCAUCACAAUGGAUGGAGCUUGAACACCAGGCGUUGAUCUACAAAUACCUCACUUCCAAUGUCCCUGUCCCUCACAGUCUUCUCAUCCCCAUCAGAAAAGCUCUUCAAUCUGCUGCCUUCUCUUCGUUUGUUUCACCUGGCUUCCUUAGACCCAAUACCUUUGGAUGGGGUCCAUUCCAUCCCGGAUUCUCGAGCAGCGGCGAUCCAGAGCCUGGACGCUGCCGGAGGACGGAUGGGAAGAAAUGGCGGUGCUCGAGAGAUGCUGUGCCCGAUCAGAAGUAUUGUGAACGACAUAUCAACAGAGGCCGCCAUCGUUCAAGAAAGCCUGUGGAAGUCCGUUCUGGCCAUUCAGUUGCCACCACUAACAAUGCUGUUGCUGCUGCUGCAGCCAAAGCCAUUCCUGCUGCUAACACCACCACCAUUGCUGCUACUGCAGCUUCUUCGGUGGCAGCUACCUCCCGCAGCUAUGGUGGUUCUUUUUCAAACACAGUACUCCCUCAUCACAAUAAUGAUCUUCUGGCUUCUACUCCCCUCGGCAGGAUGUUUGUAAACAAAUCAAAUGCUGACCUGAAAUCAAACGAGAACAGCUCGUUCGUGAUCUCAAAGCAACGACACGAUCCGUAUGCAGAAUCUUCCUCGCAAACAGAGUUUGGAUUGGUUAGCUCCGAAUCUCUACUCAACCCAUCACAGAAGUCACCUUCCUCCUUAAUCAGCUGUAGGAGCUUUGGAUCAUCUGAGGACCAGCAGCAGCACUCUCUCCAUCAGUUCAUGGACAACUGGCCGAAAGCCCAUCAUCCGGAUGGAUCUCAGCUGUCGAUAUCCAUCCCUGCCUCCCAUGCUACUGACUUCAUGUCCUCCACUUCCUCCCCAAACAACGAGAAGGAACCAGUCCAGAUGGGACUUGGAGUAGCAAAUGGGGAGAGCCAAAGGCAGGCGGCGAAUUGGAUCCCCAUCUCCUGGGAGGCCUCAAUGGGAGGUCCGCUGGGCGAGGUUCUGCAGCACAAUACCAAUAACAAGGGCAACAACGGAGGGGGAGGAGGAGGGGAUCAAUGCAGCAACAAUAGUUCCCUGUCACCAACGUUGAACUUGAUGACCGAAGGAUGGGACAACAGCCUUGCUUCAUCCCCUACCGGAGUUCUGCAGAGGACUACGUUUGUCUCGCGUUCGAACAGCAGCAUGGGAAGCAGCCCGGCAGCAGAGAAGAACAACUACAACAAGACUAGUGAAGCGGUCAGCUGGAACAGCCUCCACUGCAGCAACAGCUUGCUCUGACGGAGGGAGGAGAGUCUCAACACUAGCUGUGCAUUCUUCAUCCUUGCCCCCGCGCAUUGUCCCCAUUGAUUGCGAAGCUUGUGUCUUUGUCAACCCAUAUUGUAAUGUAUCCUUUCAGAUGUAUUUUAACCUUGGUUUUUUUCUUUUCUCAUUUCACAACUCUUAAUGCAUUUCUCUUUGGGAGCUCGUGUAUGGGAGGUUGAAGACUUCUUACCUUGUGCUAAAAAUGUUAUUAUUCGAGUCUGAAUGAAACGUGAAAACUUGCUUUGUCGUUGAGACGGAUUGUGGCCGUAUAAGUUAGGAUAAAGUAU